GGAUCCGGGGCUCGGCCGAGCUGAGGCUGCGGCGCCCGCCCGCGCGCCCCGCUCGCAGGCGCCUGGCUCUCAUCAUGAUGAAGAAGAAGAAGUUUAAGUUUAAGGUGGACUUCGAGCUCGAGGAGCUCUCCUCGGUGCCCUUCGUCAAUGGGGUCCUCUUCUGCAAGAUGCGGCUGCUGGACGGCGGCAGCUUCACGGCCGAGUCCUCCAGGGAGGUGGUGCAAGCGAACUGUGUUCACUGGAGAAAGAAGUUCUCGUUCAUGUGCAAAAUGAGUGCAAGUGCCGCCACGGGCAUCCUGGAUCCUUGCGUCUGCAGAGUAUCUGUGAGGAAGGAGUUAAAAGGUGGAAAAGCGUAUGCAAAGCUGGGCUUUGCAGAUCUAAACUUGGCAGAGUUUGCUGGAUCAGGAAAUACCACUCGUCGCUGUUUACUGGAAGGCUAUGAUACCAAAAAUACAAGACAGGAUAAUUCCAUUCUUAAAGUUUUGAUCAGUAUGCAACUGAUGUCCGGUGACCCAUGUUUUAAAACGCCUCCCUCUACAUCAACGUCUAUACCAAUUGCUGGUGAAUCUGAAUCUCUGCAGGAAGAUAGAAAAGGUGGAGAGACUCUCAAAGUGCAUCUUGGAAUAGCAGAUCUUUCAGCAAAGAGUGCCUCUGUUCCAGAUGAACUUGGUGCCUGUGGACAUUCCAGAACAUCAAGCUAUGCAAGCCAGCAGUCAAAAGUAUCAGGGUAUAGCACAUGCCACUCCAGGUCAUCUAGUUUCUCUGAGCUCUGCCACAGGAGAAAUACCUCCGUAGGAAGUACGUCAACAGGAGUUGAAAGUAUUCUAGAGCCAUGUGAUGAAAUUGAGCAAAAAAUAGCUGAACCAAAUCUUGAUACAACUGAGAAAGAAGAUACAGCUUCAGAAAAACUCAACAGAUGUCCCGCGAAACAAGAUUCUGUAGAAUCCCAGCUGAAGCGAGUCGACGACACCAGAGUGGACGCAGACGCCGUUGUGGAGAAGAUCCUGCAGAGCCAGGACUUCAGCCUGGACUCCAGCGCGGAAGAAGAAGGACUGAGGUUAUUUGUAGGUCCUGGGGGAAGUACAACCUUCGGCAGCCAUCAUCUUCCGAAUAGGGUGGGAUCUGGAGCUUAUGAACAAGUUGUGAUCAAACGAUAGAAGUCAAGCUGGUGAACUGAAGUUGCCCUGUGGAUUUAAGAUGUGGGUAAUUGACGUAUCAAGACAUUUUAUUCAAGCA